AUAUUUAAUUCCACUUAUUUAUUAAAGUUUAUAUUUGACAGGUUAAAGUACAUUUUUAUUAACUAUUACGAAAUGGAGAAGAUUCAACAUGUUUUCACAACCAUCAAAUUACCUCGAUUGAUUUUGGAUUUAUGUCUUUUGUCAAUAAAGAUAAGUCUGGCAAUGAUAGUUGCGACUUUUAGAAUGAUUGUACCACGUUCCUUGAAAUAUUUAUUAGGAGAGACCGUUCUUAUUACUGGAGCCGGCCAUGGUAUUGGUCGCGAAUUAGCCAUCCAAUUAUCUUCAAUGGGGUGCAUUGUUAUUUGUUGGGAUAUCAAUAUCGAUAACAAUCGGUCAACGAUGAGAGAAGUGUCAAAAAAUGGCGGAGAAGUUUACGGUUUUGUAGUCGAUAUCUCGAAGAGAUUGGAGGUGCAAGAAACGAUGAGAUUGAUGAAGAGAAUCGAUGUGCCUGACGUGACAAUACUUAUUAACAAUGCGGCUGUGUUAUAUCACAAGCCAUAUCUGAAUUAUAAUCCGGACGAUGUGGAAAAUACAUUUAAAGUUAAUGUAUUUUCCAAUUUUUGGACGAUAGAAGUAUUUCUGCCUAUGAUGUUGCAUAGAGGAAGCGGUCACAUAGUGGCGAUAAGUAGCAUGUGCGGUAUUUACGGGGUAUCACAAAAAGUAGCAUAUUGUUCAUCAAAAUUUGCUGUAAGAGGUCUUAUGGAGGCACUUCACGAGGAAAUACGAUUGGAUAAAAGAAAACCUAAUAUACAUUUCACGACAAUUUAUCCGUUCUAUAUCGAUACAGGAUUAGCGGAGGAUCCUAAAUACAGAUUUCCUUAUAUAUUUGGUGUCGUGACGCCAGAGUAUGCUGCGCGAGAAAUAAUUAAAGCGAUUCAGAGAAAUUACACGGAACAUUCGAUACCGCGAUGCCUUUUUUCAUUGAAUGCAAUCAACAGAAUCGUUCCCGAAACUGUAAUGCGUUUGAUAUUGGACUUCUUGGCGGAUGUCGAUCGAAAACAGAGAGAGAAAAGGAUAUAA